AGAUAACAUUUUGAUGUGAGAUGCAACUACCACAAUGAGUGCUCAAAUUAACUCUGAGUGUAGCUCUAGUAGUGUGGCUGUGGUUCAAAGCUCUGACUCUCAAACUGUACAUUCAACUAGGAGGAAAAUUAAAAUUGAUAGAAGUUUUUCUCUUCAUUACACACCCAAAACUUUGGAAAUUAAGUCUGAGGCUCCUGUGAAGUUGGAGCAAGAGAGCAUUGUUUCAUCUUCAAAUUUGGACAUAGCUGAUACUGAGCUUCUCAAUGAAGCUGAUGUCUCGUCAAGUGCUGAGUUGCUUGAAACUUGUGAAGAUUCUUCCCAGUGUGGACGAAGCAGUGGGAGAUGGGUGUUUGGAUCGGCCUCCACUGCUGUUGGGAGCUACUCGAGGACUCUUCUGAUUGCUGAUAACAGCUUCAAGCAUCUUAAAUCGCACUGGCCAAAUCAUGCAAAAGUUAUACCUGACACCGUCAUGGUGGAUAAACUACGUGUGAAUCAAGUACCAGGCAUUCUUCAGGAAUAUUGUGCUGAACAUGCCCUAGAAAAUAAAAAGGUACUAGUGUUUGUCCUCACUAGAUUUGAGGAAAAGUUGAUCUACAUCGAGUCACCUUUGUGCAAAAACAAGAAAUUUCUUCCUAAGAAACAUGUGCCUCUGAAAGAGAUUCGAAACAACAAGUCUCUCGAGCCUCGCGACUUCAUGGACGUCAUUCAAAGAAUUACAGAGGAAGCUUUACCAUCAAAGAUCGUAUUUCUGCCUGUCUUACCUUUUAACCUAAAAAAAGUUCGCUGGCACAUGAUAAGUGCACACAAGAAAUUCACCCACCAUCAGAUUGAUCCUGACAGAUACGAAGCCAACGCGCCGCUGGUCUCUCAUUCAUAUGCAUCUGCAUGUGCACAGCUCAACAGGCUGCUGACUGAAGCUUACUUUAAAGAAGGAUUUGAUCUCUCCGCAUGGAGCAUCGUCUCGUGGGCAGAUAGGGUUUUUCCCGACGAAAGAAAAUAUGUUCCUGCUCUCUUACCCUUAGUAAUCAAUGGGAGGAUACCACAUACUAAGGUUCUUCACGACACUACCUCUCGUCUCUCGGAACUUAUUGAACGCUGCGGAAAACAUUCAUUUUCUUUGCUGGUGUUUCUGGUUGAUGGAGAUAUGACAGAAAUUAGUAAAAUCUGGCCUAAGGAUUUUCCUAUCACCACUCUUUUCGAAGAAGUACCCUGUGAAUCCUGCCCUUCUGAGUGCAUAAAAGAACUAUCAUCCAAACACAAAGAGGAGAAUAUUUUGUUUGUUUGGUCAUCUAGUGUGUCGUACUAUUUGGAAUUAAAAGAUUUUGAUAAAUGUGAUGGGCACGAUAAAUUCAACUAUCCAUGUAUUGGGAGUACUUCUUCAAAGCAGGCCAAGGUAGAACAAAUUAUUUCUGUCAUUCACCAAACAAAAAAACUUGUAGAAAAUCUUCCACACUGUACAGUGAUAUUCACUCCUCUUUAUCAGGCUAAUUACCAGCGCCUUUUGCAAGACUUGUGUUCGAAACACCACAGUCAGUUUAAUCAUAAUCUGGAGAACGAUUUUACGUCAGACUUGUGCAAGAAGGAGGAUGAAUUAAUGAAGUCACUCGUCUCCGACGUUAACGAAAAAAUUUUUCGCGAGAAUACUUCCUCUGUAGAUGUACGAUUUAACGUAUUUACAUCGCAUCGUAAUCGACAACCUGUAGUGAUGGAGUUUGAAGGUUUGAAGUUGACUCGUACAUCCCUUGAAUCUCUGGUUGAUGUCAUGGCCGAGCAGUUGCUAUCCAAAGUCAUGCAUGGGCGUACAAACAAGACCACCCUGUUUGAAAAACGAACCCAGAGUCUUAAUCAAUCAACUAGGAAACAACAACAGGGUGGAUGUGCACGUGGAAGCAGAAGUCGUUCUCCUGGCCAAAGCUCCGUUUUCAGCAUGCAUGUUCACUCCGAGGAAAUCUACGACUUGCGUAGUUCGUUGCGUCGAACCAACGAAGUAUCCGAUUCACAGAGAAGAAAUUGCGCGACACGUACAUCACGUGGAACUGAACUGAAAACUCAACUUCUUGAUCAAAUCCGUAAACGCUCGGAUAUUCGAGGAUGUGAGGACCCUGAAUUACAAGAAUGGUCUCAGAAAUCCAGCGUCGCGACUCGUUGCAGUCGACGUAACUUCGACCACUCCAGGCUAUCGAGGGUAAAUAAUGCAACAACAGAACAUGGAGCUUGCACUUACGACCAAAAUAUUCCGCUGAGGGACGAUUUUAUUGAUUUGAAUUAUCAUCAUGAUUACGACGAUAGGGCAGGAUUUGAAGACAGUUCACGGGCGUCCCGGUUUAAUAUUGUAACUGAACUUUUGCGCGGCGAACAUGGGGGUCAGUCUUUGAAACGACACCGUGAUACUUUACUUGGAGAUGAAAACUUUGUCAGACAUGACUCUUCAGUGGCUAGCCAUUCUCAACCUCGCACAUACCGUAGUCGAUCUCCUCGUGUUUCCAGAUAUCCACGGAUUAGCUCGGAUCGAUCUCCUUAUUCUCCUUACCGAGAUUCACCUAUUUUCGAUAACAGACUGUCUCGUACCCGAGAUCGUUCUCCCGCGGUUCAAGACCGAUCUGCUAACAUUCCUGUUCGAUCUUACCCUGUCCGCGGUCGUCUCGUCGAAAACGAUGGCCGACAUCACCCUGCCUAUGACUCAAAACGUAGUAGAUCGCCUUAUGACCGCAACAGUUCUCCCUUCCGCUCCCAUCUUGUGCGUUAUCCCUCGUAUCGUGACAGUUCUCCAUUCUAUGAUGUUGUAUCUCCUCGUUCUAAUCACUUUCCUGGACGCAAGCAUCCCCGUACUUCACACAAUCGCUUAUCUUUCCCUCAAGGAUCUCCAGAUUUCCGAAAUCAUCGAACUCAGUCUCCUGUCUUUACUCGGUCCAAUAGUUUUCGUGUGCAAUCGCCUUUUCGAGAUCGACAACUAUCAAACAGUGUUUUGUCUCCCCUUGGCAAUGAAUCGUGUGGUUUCCAUUUCAGAUUACAUUCUUCUGAUCGAGCUUCUUUCACUCGUUUUCGAUCACCCAACCGCAACUUGUCGCCAAUAUCCCCUCCUGACCUUCGCAAUCCAUCGCCCGGUUCACUCUCGCACAACCGCUCUCGUAGCCCACGUUAUCGUUCACCUUACCAUCGCAACCGAUCUACCAGUCCACGGCAGCGAUCACCUUACCACCGCAACCGAUCUUCCAUCCCACGGUAUCGAUCACCUUACCAUCGAUAUCGAUCGACAAGCCCACGGCAGCGAUCACCUCACCAGCGAUACCGAUCUACUAGUCCACUGCAACGAUCACCUUUCCGUCGCAGUCAAUCAACAAGCCCACGGCAGCGAUCACGUUUCACUCGCAGCCGAUAUCCUAGCCUAAGACACAGGUCACCUUUCUCGCUCAAUCGAUCUCCCGGCCCACGACAUCGGUCUUCUUCCAUUAAAGAUCGAUCUCCGUACCAACGACAUCGUUCUCCUUUCAUUCUCAACCGAUCUCGCAGCCCACGGCAUCGGUCUUCUUUUAGUAACGACCGAUCAUUAAGCCCUAGAAAUAAGGUGCUAGAAUCUACCGAUAAGACACCAGGUAAACAUCGGCAUCAUCGUGAUGGGUCUAAGAACGUAAAUGAUUCAUCCAACCGCCAACAAAAACUCCUUGCUGCUUUGAAAACCUUGUGGGGUAUACACGAACGGGAGUGCGAUACUUACCGUAGAGAGCCAACUCUUCAUCCUGAUUAUAAAAAAUGGCGGCAAUGGUAUCUUGAAAAGCGAGAAAGAUCCAAGGCAGCUGCAGGCACUCUCGUGGAAGAAGAAAUUGACAAGGCGUGGCGCUCGCACAUGGAAAUGUUAUUUACCAGAAGUUGGAAUGAAAAGAAGACCAGCUGCUUAUCCGUGAUUGAAGAAAACGAGCGAAAUUUAGUCAAAGGAGAAAGCCUUGAUUUGCUUGUACCUGGCAAGAAUGAAGCAGUUGAGUUGCGCGAACAUCAAGAUGGAGAUACCUCUGUGUCAAUCCCACAGUUCAGUGACCUGUUGGAUGACGUUGGCUCUGAAAUAUCCUUAGAAACUGGCGCACGUAACCACCACAAAGAAAAUUCUAAGUCCGACCCGAGUCGUGGAGUGACUGGAAGUGCAUCAGUUAACCGCAAUAAUGGCGGUCUUGCAGGCGAUUCCGAUGAACUAGUGAGAUCCACUGACCCUCUCGAAGUUGUUGAAACUUUGAACAUGUUGAAUGAUAUGCCAGAUAAAUUUGGCCAACUUUCAAUGCCGAUAUCGGUAAUUUUGCGAUCUGCAAGGGAAGCCAGGGAUAAGGGCCAAGAUCCCAUGGACAUUUUCUCACAACAGGAGCAAGAUGUUCUCCAACUUUGCCACCAAAAACUGACAAAUCUAAAGAAGUCAGACUUGUCAUUUGUUCAAAAAGUAAUAGUUGACGAGUGUCUGAAUCGAGUUCAAGCCUUGCUUAUACAAGUUCAGUGUAACCGUGAUCCAAUGUAUGGUCUGCAGAUUGAAGAAGUAUCAAAAGAAAUACAAGGACUGUCUGCGUCACAGAGCAUUGCCAAGAUUAAAGAAAUUGUUACAAUUCAUGGAAGGGAUUUUCUGAAGGAUGGACAAAUAUUGAAAAUUUACAUGAAUGCUAAGCAAUAUUCAGGUUGUAAAUAGGAGAGAAACAAUUCCGGGUGAACCGUGGGUACCGUCGUACGAAUUAACAUGCUUUUGAUAAUUUUUUUCAAACCUUAGUUAAUUAACGGAUCCAUGAAACGUCGUCAAGGCUCUCUGUACCCAAAUAAUUUGUAACUUGACCCAUCGUCAAUAGACAAGGUUUUAGCUUGUACAAUCUGCAUAAUUCAAUUCGCCCUCAAUUUGAUUGUGCUCAAUGCUGUAAUACGUUUUUAUUUUUUAAUCAAUCCGAUGUCUCCACGGGCAAUUCUGAGUUGCUCUAUUGUUUUAUGUUCAUACAAUAUGCGUAUAUGGCUAUCUGAAUUUAACUCGAUUCCGUUGAAAAAGUUGAAAUUUUUUUUAGAUUCUAUUUUCAUUUGUCAAAAGUUUGUUUUUGAAUGAAUGAUAAAUAAUUGAUUUACUACAUCAACUACAAUUGCCUCAAUUAGCUGAUUACCGUGCAAGUCUCAGUCUGGUGGUUUUUGUCCUCUAAUUUCAUAUAAAUUUAAACAAUAAUAAUACGUGAUUUUAUUUGUUUUGCUAGAUUCCCCCUAUAAGUAGAAUAGAAUUGCUAAAUUAUCAACUAAAUCAUGAUCAAGGCUGAUUAUUUUCGUUUUUUUUUUUUCAGAAUACGCUCGAUUGCGAGUAUUCCAUGCUUCUGAAUUCAUCACUGAAUACAUACUUUGCUUAUCGAGACUGCGAAACUUAAACGAACUGGAGUUCUAUCGAAAAUUUAUAUCGAGUAACGAUAGACAUAAUAAUGGUUGGAAAGUCCUUUCUUACAGCGAGAAAAGAUCCAUUGCAUUGGUGGGGUGGAAAGAGUUCCUACUAAUCAAUACUUGCAACUUUUGACAACCAAGCUUCAGGCUAUGGUACCGAAGCACCAUAUGAAAAAGGUUGGAACUGGAAAUACAACAGGGCUUUAAAUACCGAGGUGAAACAUCUGAAAAAUGUUAUGUUAUAUAGUAAAUCAAAAUACGACAAUGAUCAGACAAAUAACCCAGUGCAGAUUGGAAUAGUUGGAUUAAACAAGUAGGUAGGAACCGACUUGUAAUACGCUAUGCACCUUUUCUAUUUGAGAGAGCCUGGAUGGUUUAUAAAAUCGCUCCGAUAAUGAUUUUCCUCUUCAAAAAUUAGUCAAAAAUUUUUUCGUAAGUGUUCAAAUAAAUUUGGUGUCGUA